AUGUCCCCACCACCCUUGCCUCUCAGCCUGGCUGUCGGGGUGUCGCCAAGUGACUUCCAAAUGCACACCCGUCCCCGGGCUCCCGGCUUUGCUCAGGCACAGGGGGAGCACGCUUGGGCUCCGCCGUCCAGUCCUCCCCCGUGUGCUCUGAGACUCUGCCCUCCCUGCUCUUCUUGCACAGGGCCCGUCGCCACAGGAUCUCGAAGGAGGCGGCUCGUUCUGAGGCUGAGCCAGAAGGACGCCCUGCAAGCGCUCUUUCAACGGAACCCCUACCCUGGGAUAGCGACCAGAGAACGGCUGGCCCGGGAGCUUGGCAUUGCCGAAAGCAGAGUUCAGGUCUGGUUCCAAAACCAACGCAGAAGACGGUCAAAGCAGAGCCGAUCGCCGCCGUCUGAAUAUGUGCACCGAGAAGGGGAAGCGGGGCCAACGUCCACGCCCACGCCACCGUCGCGCCCGCCUCGACCUCAGUCUUCCUCUCCAGGUAACUUAGCCAACGUUCUCCCAAAAGCCCUGCCCUGGCUGGCAGAGCCACCUGUGGUGGUUCAGGAGACGUCGCGCCGAGAGGCCCGGAGAAAGAGGACCGUCAUCUCUCCUUCCCAAACAAGCAUCCUUGUGCAAGCCUUCACGAGGGAUCGCUUCCCGGGGAUUGCCGCCAGGGAAGAACUGGCUCGUCAGACGGGAAUCCCAGAACCUCGAAUCCAGGUAUGGUUUCAAAACCGAAGAGCUCGGCACCCCCAGCAGAGCCCGAGCGGGCCCGGCGGCGCAGCAGCCACGACUCCUCCUGCUCCAGAGGACCGAAGGGCCCCACCCGCUGUCCAGAGCACCUCUCCUCCCCUUCGCCCCUCCCCGCCACAGGAGAGCAUGCCACCCUCGGCGGCGGCGGCGGCCGCAGCUGCUCCGUUCGGGGCCCCCGCCUUCUGGGUGCCCGGGACUGCCUCUGGGGUCUGUGUGGGCCAGCCGUUGAUGAUCUUCAUGGUCCAGCCCAGCCCGGUGGCUCUCCAGCCAAGUGGGAAGCCACCACCUCCUGCCCAGGUAGCAGUUCCCUGGGCCGCGCGCUCCCCUGCCGUCACGGCCCCGGGCAGCCUGGGCAAGGGGCCAUCCUGCCGCCUGGACAGCCGGAGGCACACAUCCCGCGCUGGCCGGGGUCACCCUACGGGGAAGGCGCGGCCCCUCCGCUAG